UCCUUGACUAAACCCACCCUUUUUCCCCGCUUCGACGCCCUUCUUUCCUUCAUCUCCUUCAUCUCUCUCUCUCUCUGUGUAUCCAGCCCUGAGUUUGACCGGUUUACGAACCGCCAAUCCAUCGCCAGUACGGAUUAAGGAUUCGAUCUGCUCUCACUUCAUACUUUUCCGACCUUGUCUUUCGACGCAGACUGUUUCUCUCUUCCCCGUUUGCUUCUCUAUGCUUUCUAAUUCACCCUCUCGUAUCAAAUCUUGAUCCCAAUUGUUCCAUUUCAUCUUCUAAUUUUGGGGCACCCGCAUCACAAAUGCUUUGCUGAGUUAGCUUCAGUUUUCUCUCAUUUUCUCUCAGAUCUUCUUCUUCAAUUCUCGGUCAGAUUCUGGGUUGCUGCGUGAUUAGUGUGUUUGCGUUAGCUGUGUCUUUUUCGCUGUUUUGGAAAUGGUGGGUUCGGACACUUCACCUGGUUUUCCCUCGGCGCCUCAGCCAGCGACGAAUUAUGGUGUUACGAAACCGAUUUCUCUUGCUGGGCCGACGGAUGCGGAUAUUCAGCGUAAUAUCGAACUGGAGAAGUUCUUGAUUGACUCGGGGCUUUACGAAAGUAAAGAAGAAGCUGCGAAAAGAGAAGAGGUUCUGGGCCGCAUUGACCAGAUUGUUAAAAAUUGGGUCAAACAAUUAACCCUCCUAAGAGGAUACACAGAGCAGAUGGUGGAGGAUGCAAAUGCUGUAAUUUUUACUUUCGGGUCUUAUCGUCUUGGGGUACAUGGACCAGGAAGUGACAUAGACACUUUGUGUGUUGGACCAUCUUACGUCAAUAGAGAAGACUUCUUCAUCAUCUUGCAUAAUAUUUUGGCCGAAAUGGAAGAGGUUGCUGAUCUUCAACCGGUUCCUGAUGCUCAUGUUCCAGUAAUGAGAUUCAAAUUUCUGGGGAUAUCAAUUGAUCUUCUGUAUGCGAGCAUUUCCGUACUGGUUGUUCCAGAAGACCUGGACAUCUCUCAUGGAUCUGUGUUGUAUAAUGUUGAUGAACAAACUGUUAGAAGCCUUAAUGGAUGCAGAGUUGCAGAUCAAAUUCUAAGACUUGUUCCAAACAUUGAGCACUUCCGUACAACACUCAGAUGUUUAAAGUUUUGGGCCAAAAGACGGGGUGUAUAUUCAAAUAUCACUGGGUUCCUCGGAGGUGUAAAUUGGGCACUUUUGGUUGCUCAGGUAUGCCAGCUUUACCCCAAUGCAAUUCCAAGCAUGCUAGUUUCUCGUUUCUUCAGAGUGUACACCCAGUGGCGUUGGCCAAAUCCUGUAAUGCUAUGUUCAAUAGAAGAGAAUGAACUUGGAUUUCCUGUUUGGGAUCCUCGUAGAAAUCCACGUGAUCGAUUUCAUCUUAUGCCAAUAAUAACUCCUGCUUACCCUUGCAUGAACUCUAGCUAUAAUGUCUCAACUAGUACUCUUCGUGUUAUGAUGGAACAAUUCCGCUAUGGUAAUAGCAUCUGCGAGGUGAGAUUAUUUUAUAUUUGGAUUCAAAAUAGUCUAAAUAUUAGCCUGCUCUUGCUAGAAUUUUCUCUUACUUCUCUUUGUGCCUUACAGGAGAUUGACUUGAGCAAAGCCCAGUGGAGUGCUUUGUUUGAGCCAUAUUUAUUUUUCGAGACAUACAAAAACUAUCUGCAGGUGGAUAUUAUUGCAGCAGAUGCUGACGAUUUGCUAGCUUGGAAGGGAUGGGUAGAAUCUCGCUUUAGACAGCUUACGUUGAAGAUAGAGAGGGACACCAGGGGGAUGCUGCAGUGCCAUCCCUAUCCGAUUGAGUAUUCUGACAUGUCCAAGCCAUGUUCUCACUGUGCUUUUUUCAUGGGCUUGCAGAGAAAAGAGGGAUUAAGAGGUCAAGGAGGCCAGCAGUUUGACAUACGUGGAACAGUUGAUGAGUUCAGGCAAGAGAUAAACAUGUAUGCCUUUUGGAAGCCAGGGAUGGAUAUCUAUGUUUCUCAUGUACGGAGGAAGCAACUGCCCACCUUUGUUUUUCCUGAUGGACACAAGCGAGCAAAGCCAUCCAGGCAUGAAGGACAGCAAGCUAAUGCAGUUUGUGCUGAUAUGCACCAAGAUCAAUCUGGGAUCACUGAAAAGGGGAAAAAAAGGAAAAGUGAUCAUGAAGAAGAAGAGACAGAAAAGAAACAAGCCCUUAUCAGUCAACCAGCAGAAGAAUCUCCCAUGCAUGAAACUAAUGGUGGUGGAUCAGAUGGAAAAUUGCUGAGUUUGAAAUCUAUAAAUGCAGAUUGUUAUUCUGAGGUUUGGUCAUCUCUUGAACAGCCUUAUUGCAGAAUGGAUACUGUUAGAAAUGGCACGGAUAUUCCAACUUUGACCAAGGAGACUAGUUCUACGGGGGAUCAGGUAGAGCUACUAGCUAAAGAGAUGGAAGGAUCUUCCUCGAGGAAGGAGGUGUCUGAUCUAUAUAAAGGCAGUCUUUCAAAAUCUGAGGAAGCUUUACAAAUUGGAAUGAACGGGGAAAAGGUCAAGGGCUUAGCAUCAAGCAUGAGUGGAAAUGCACAGACAGUAGCCAUCAAGACUUUUCUCCAUUGGACAAAGGAUGUUGGGAGGAUUGACUCCAAGUCAGCAAAUACAUUUGGCCAAACAACAGGGGGUGAGAGUACCCAAGUUGACUUUCAACCAAAUUGCAAUACACAUAACCUUAGUUGCAAGGGCAAUGAUAGCAGGACGGAUCCAGACUUGGCAUUGGAAAAUGGCUCUGUUGUAACUGGAAGAGUGUCUCAAAAUGGUCAAUCUAAAGAGUUGGAGGCAAUCUUCUGACUGGUGCACAUGUGGUGGCAGGUCCUGCACCACUAUACGUGUUAUGUUACCAGUAACUGUGCUAAAGAACCCAUUUCUGCUCAAGUUUUCCUGCAUUACCUUUUUUCUCCUCAUGAAAAUCUCUGCCUAAUUAGUAUUUUCUUUUUGAACUUUAUUCUAUAGCCGAAGAUCAGCGAUCAGGCAGUCACAGAAUGGAGUUAAAUCAGAAUCUAAGCAAAAUUCUGGUAAAAAAGAGUCUUGGGGGAUCUGGCUAGAAGGCAUGUGUAUUUCAAAUCGAUGCAAUUUCUAUUAGAUAAAGGAUUAUUUUUCUGAACCUGGCUAAAGGGCAUGUGCUUUUUUCCAUUCAUUAGUAUUUAAGUUGCCUAAUUAUUAUGUUUAUUUUAAUCAUCUUCUCCUUAUGUUGCUUGUUUGGCUCUUUAGCAUCCUUUGAACAGACUGAAUCUGAACCUAAAGGCUUGUGUGGAGGGAAAGUACUGGAUGCUGGAUGGGUUAGGAGGUCGGGAGCUAACCAGCAUUUGGUAAGUAUCACCUCAAUUACUGGCUUUGAUUAUUGAUAUAGAUGGUGUUCAUCAUGUAUGAACCUGCGGAGUUGGGGAGGAGUCACGUGGCUUGGUGGCGGGGGCAUAUGGUUCAGCUCCCAUAUGCUGUUUAUUGUCCUUAAAGAUGGGAAUCCGGAGAACUGCUGUUGGGGGAAAAAACCUUAGAUAAGUGCAGGCGAUGCUUUGAUGAAUCUGGUGCAUUUCAUGUUUGAUGCCUGGUGUUGGAACUGUCACAGCUUCCCAUUUUUAGAAGAUGGGAGAUUCUUUAUGAAGGAACUGCUCAUGUGGUCGUUUCUGGGGCGAAUCUAGUCUACACUUCCUGGACCUUCAAUCUUACAGUUUAACUAUAUUGAGUUUUUGACAUGCACAUUGUACGGAGAAAGUUCUCAUGUUUUCUUCCAUUUUAUUUCUCUUUUUUUCUUUCUUCCUGGGGGUUGGGGUGGGGGAGGAAAGGGAGAGAGAAGGGGGAGGGUUGCUUAUACUUGUAGUUAGACAUCACGAGAGAGUGUCGGGCAGUCAAUUUACUGUUGUCUGUACAUCUCACAUGUGCUGUGCAGUGUUCUUUAUGAAACGCUUUGUAGUUUAUGAGGAUUUUUCUUCUCUCCUUUAUAUGAUACAAAUUGCAUUUAA